AUGGCCAUGGGAAUGGGGGGCUGGGGCCGCCCGCUGCUGGCUGUGGCCGCUGCUCUGACGCUGCCUGCGAAGGUCCCGGGCUCCUGGGGGGCCCAGAUCAUUGGGGGCCAAGAGGUGGUCCCCCACUCCCGGCCCUACAUGGCGUCCGUGCGCUUUGGCGGCCAGCACCACUGCGGGGGCUUCCUGCUCCGGGUGAGCUGGGUGGUCUCCGCCGCCCACUGCUUCAGCCACAGAGACCCCCGGAAGGGCCUGGUGGUGCUGGGGUCCCACGCCCUGAGCGCCGCGGAGCCCACGCAGCAGGUGUUCGGCAUCGCGGCUGUGGUCAGGCACCCCGACUACCACCCCACGACCCACGCCAACGACAUCUGUCUGCUGCGGCUGAACAGCUCUGCUGUCCUGGGCCCUGCCGUGGGGCUUCUGGGGCUGCCAAGGCGAGGCGCCAGGCCACCCAAGGCUGGGACACGGUGUCGGGUGGCUGGAUGGGGCUUCGUGUCGGACUUCGAGGAGCUGCCGCCCGGGCUGAUGGAGGCCGAGGUCCGAGUGCUGGGCCUGGACAUCUGCAACAGCUCCUGGAAGGGCCAGCUGAGCCCUGCCAUGCUCUGCACCCACAGUGGGGACCGCCAGAGGCGGGGCUUCUGCUCGGCAGACUCCGGGGGUCCCCUGGUGUGCAGGAACCGGGCCCAUGGCCUUGUCUCCUUCUCAGGCCUCUGGUGCGGUGACCCCAAGACCCCUGAUGUGUACACGCAGAUGUCUGCCUUUGUGGCCUGGAUCUGGGACGUGGUUCGGCGAGGCAGCCCCCAGCCCAGCCCUGUGCCUGGGACCACCAGGCCCCCAGCAGGAGCUGCCUGA